GCUUCCUGGACGGAGUGAAGAUUACCAAGGUCCGAGGCGAGGCGAUGCAGGCCGCCGCGGAUGCGGCGGCCUCGGGCAUGGUCAGCGUGGUAGGCUUAGAUAGCGAGAAGACGGAGCAGCUCUGCGCCACGGCCUCCGAGCUCUCGGGAAAGAGGGUGCAGAUCGCGAACUACCUGUGCAAGGGCAACUACACCGUCUCCGGUGACAAGGAGGCCUGUGCCAAGCUGGCGGAGAUCGCAAAGCCCGAGUUCAAGGCGCGCAUGGCGGUGCCUCUUGCCGUGGCCGGAGCCUUCCACACGGACUUCAUGGCACCAGCAGUGGAGAAGCUGAAGGAGGUGCUCGCGAGUGUGGACCUCCAGACACCUCGCAUCCCCGUGGUGUCCAACGUGGACGCCAAGCCACACUCCGACCCUGAGAUGAUCAAGGAGAUCCUGGCAAAGCAGGUGACCGCCCCGGUGCGGUGGGAGACCCAAAUGAAGGACCUGGUGGCCUCCGGCGGCUUCGAGCGGGGCUUCGAGUGCGGUCCUGGCAAGGUGAUCGCAGGCAUCAUGAAGCGCAUCGACAAGGGUGCGGCGAAGAACAUCACGGGCGUGCCCGUUUGAGCGGCGAGCUGUGGCGCGUGCCAUUGAGACCCUUGAUGCGACCAAAUGGGGGUCCAUUUGGGUUUGUCCUUGCGGGGG